UGCUGCGGAUGCAGCCCUAAAAAGCAAAAAAAAAAAAAAAAAAAUGUCGCUAAUUAAAUGUUACUUUCUAAACUAAUUUACUUGUACCUUAAAGAACUGAGCCUGAAACUCCUAUAUUUCCUUUUGCUUCACUUUAAUAUGAGCAAGUCAAAGAUCUCAUUGAAAUCAACUUAUCAGAAUGUUGGGAUCGUACUGAUGGCAGCCAUUUAAGGUGACUUAUUAUACAUCAGGCACUGGGCUUUGUGCUUUCUAGACUCUAUUUAAUUCUCAUUACAUCUCCCAAGAAGGUCCCUUUUAUCUAGAGGGGAAUGCGGCCUAAGAAAGGCUAAAUCAUUGGCUGCAAGGCCCACUGAAAGUGCCUGAGUUGGCAUUUCCACCUAGGUCUGCCCCCCGCUAUUUGCCCAGACGGCAGGAGAGCACGAGGCCUAGAGAUUAAAUGCUUAGCACAGUGGCUGCACAGGAGAUCAAUAAAUAUGUGUGUGCUGACAACGAAGACUAAAGAUGAGUAGACUGGCCCAAUGUAGUGAAUAAAAAUAUAGCAUGUACAGUUAAAUUGAAUGUAGCAUAAACAAAUAACUUUUAGGACAAGUAUGGCCCAUGCAAUAUUUGGGACGUGUUUGUAUUAUUGUCCCUUGUGAGAUUUGAAAUGUAUGUAUACUAAGAAAGUUAUUUGUUGUUUAUCAGAAAUUCACGUCUACCUGGAUGGGCAUUCUGUGUUUUAUGCAGCGAUCUGUAAGGUAACAACCAAUAUGGAGGGGUGGUCCGUGAGAAAUGCUAAAGGACUUCUAGAAAUGACUUCUCUGUGAAGAAGACUCGUCCACUCAGAGUCUUGUGUGCGGACCCAGGGCAGGCUUGGGCGCCAUCAGAAUUUCUUGACUUCAUUCAGAUUUCUGGUCUCUGGAGUCUGGUCAACUUCAGUCAUGUGUAGCCUCCUUGUGUUUGACCUGUGCUAUCUUCUGGAAGCUGCCGGAAACCUGUCUGCCUUCCUUUGGUCCUCCCUGACCUGGGUUGCAUGUUAGCAUCCCCCAAGGAUCUAUUAAAAGUCCUGAGGCCCAGGUGCCAGCCUAGACCAGUUCUGUCAGACUCUCAGGGGUACCACCAGGCAUGACUCUCUUGAAUGCUUCUCCUGUGAUUCCAACUCACCGCCUGGACUGAGAGCCACCGCCUAGGCUCGUAGGCCCUCCAGAGCCUUGGCGGAAGCACAGUGACGUCGGCCCCUCCUAGCCCCUGCUGGAGUGGUCUUCCUUGUAUUCUGUCCUGCCCGUGGCCCUCCCUGCUGUCAGCAACCCCUUGUUCCCCAGCAGCUGAGUUGCAUUCUUGAUAAAACUGCACAGACUGGGCGUGUUCGGUCCUCAGAGCAGUCUGUCCAGGCCAGGCCAUUCAUUGCCUUUUGCUCUAGGCUCUGGAAUUUGGGCCUGGAAAUGGUUCCUAAGACUUAGAGUCUUUGAGAAUAUGCUGAGAGAACUGGCCUCCUCUUCCCUUGGGCUGGAGGCACAUAGCCAGGGAAGGAGAGUGAGCUGUGAGUGAUGGAAGUGUCUAUGUCUGAUUAAUUGAAAGCCUCAAUCCUACGGCACCCCAGGCCCUCCCUGACCCUGCCUUUCUGGGACUGACCCCUGGGAGAGGCCGAGAACCGAUGGAGCCCUGGCCUGAUGGUACCAUGAUGUAGCUGAAACAUCCUUUAGAACUUUGUGAAACAUCCCUGCUGAUUUCUCUCUUCCUGCUGCCUCACCCGAUGAUUCUACCAUUACAGGGCAGUUUCAUUAUAUUUUGGUCUUCGUUUGGUACCGAGUGUCAAAACCAUGCACAGCUUAGCCCCGGAUUUGUAAAGUCAAGUGUAAAAUCUCAAUAUUCGCAGCUUUCCUCUGUGUUCUUUUGAAGUACUGGAGUUCUAACUGAUUGCUUAGUGGAGAGGAAAUAAUUCAUUUUUACCGAGGGACUAUUACAUUUCUCAUGCUUUAACCUGGGUAUUUAAAAAUUCAAAUUCUCAGAUGACAUGUCGUUACCUUUUUUGCAUUUUAAUUAGUAUGGGGCCUUUAAGUGAGUUCAGUCAUUAAGUAAUAAUCAGAUGCUGAUUGCUUAAACUCUGCAAAGUGUUUGCUUUUAAAAACCUCAGUCCCAGAUAAUAAAUGGUGGGAGUUUAUCAAAGCGAGUGCCAUAUACUUUUCCUCUCUAUUUUGAUUCAGAUGUGUAACCAUUUCUCCCUGCUGCUUUAAAUUGGCUCUACGAACGCCUUUUGUGUUAAGCCCACUCACAGCUAGAAAGAACCAGCAUCAACCUGACAAUAGAAUAAUAUUAUCUCCCAACGAAACAAAGCCAAAGAGCCAAUGGGACAGAUUGUUCUGUCAAUAAUCCAAAGCCCAAACUGUGUGGUCUCCUGCUAUUUUUAGAACUCGAGGGGAAAAGAAUCCUCCUCGUUCUAAAAAUGAUCCAAUUUAAUAUGAAGUCAGCCACCGGGUAGCUCUGCGUUCCCUCUGAGCACCAUUUUGGACCCCAGCGUUCCUUUGAUUAGAACAGAAAUCGAAGCCCACAAAGGCAGCAGCCUUUCAAAGGAGGAACAGAGGGUCUGUGAUCCCUUAGUCACCUGCAUCAUUCCAGUCAGCUGGCGGUUCCGGCAGAGCUGCGUCACCACCUGCAUGGAGUUAGGGACUUGGGUUGACCUCAUUAUACCAAGAAUACAGAACAACUUCCAACUUGGACUUAGCUCGACUUGAAUUUCCCCACAGCCUUCACUGCCUUUCACCUUCCUUAGUGGUAUGUUAAGUGUCCAGGAUGGGAGCUCUGGAUGGUUUCCAAAAUGAAAUUUAUUUACCAGUAAGAUAGAUGAAUAUUUCAACAGACUUUUAAAAAGUGAAGCUGAGCAUUGAUAGAACUUUAUGCAACCUAGGGACUGUUGAUAACUCUUGGAGUCAGGUCGCCCCUUCGUAAAGAUGCAACAUGAUGUGUACAAUCUUAGACUUUGAAUUUUAAGACGAGGAGGAAGCCAGAGGGAGUCUCCUCUAGUCCCUGAAUUGGAAAGCCUAAGUUAAAAUGCAAGCAGUUUUUUUGAUGCCAGAAUUAUCCAGGUUGAGCUCGGACUAACUCCUGUUCCGCCUGGUCCCUCUCUCUGGUGAGUAAGGUGGUCUCUCGAGGAGUAAAAUGGAAGAAAUUCCACCAUCCAGCUACAUAAUAUUUUAACACAAUAUUUUUCACAAUUGGGGAGUUUCCUAGUGGUCUAGCAGGUUAAGGAUCUGGCAUUGUCUGUGCUGUGGCUCAGGUUGCUGCUGUGCGGCUGUUCCUGUUGCAUCCCUGGCCCAGGAACAUCCGCAUGCCAUGGGUGCGACCACAGAAUAAAUAAAUGAAAAAUCAAAAUGACUGCAAAAAAUUGAGGAUGAGCAAAAUAAGAACAUUUGAAAUGAAAGCAGGAUCCAUCAGAGGCGAGACCAGAGUGAGGGGAGUGAGGUAGGGUUAUGCAAAGUGCAGGAUCGGAGCCAGUUUUUUUUAUAAAAUGUUGAUAUUUUGAUAAUUGGUAACUGAUGGUUUUUCCUGGGCCACGGUAUGCACGCCACUGGCAACUUGGGUAUUCACCCCACCCGUGGCUGCAAAGGAACCUCACCCUCUGCCACCGCCCUUGCCUGCAAAUGGAAAGAGUGGCCUUAUCCUUUGCUUCUGGCAUCUCGCUUGGGCCUGUUUUCCCUUCUAAUUAGUUGCCCGGUCUCCUUUCUACUACCACACCUUGCAAGGCAAGGAUCUUGCCUUCCUUGCCUCUGAUUCCCCAGGACCUAGCCCCGUGUCUGGCACUUAUUUCUCAUGUGCCUCCCCCUCUGCUCCAUCUGUCUUAGAGUCAUCUUCUAGCCUCUGGCUAUCCCUAGCCGGACCUAGUGUCUUUCUAGGCUUGGCUUGUCCAUCCAGUGACAUCUGUGGCACUGGUAGAGGUCCCCCUCCCCGGCGAUGAGCCGAAUGAAUGAAGACAGCCUACAGAGCAGGGUGCUUAGUUUAUGGAGGACCGCUAACCUUGGCCAUGGGCAUCCCUGGUGUAUUUGUUAUCUCUUGCUGUGCAAUCUGUUACCACUACCUUCAUGACUUAAACAACCCCUGUUGAUCGUCUCACAAUUUUUGUAAGUUGGAAGUCCGGCAAGGCAUGUCUGGCUUCUCUGCUUUGGGUCUUACCAGGCUAACAUCAGAGUAUCAGGGCUAUGGCUCUCAGCUUCUAGAGGCUCGUGCUUCUCCAGCUCCAUGUUUGUUGGCAGAAUUUGGUUCCUGGCAGUUGUAGAGGCGAGGUCUCCAUUUUGCUGACACGUGCGCCCUUUGUCUGCCAGCCAGCGGUGAUACACUGAGUCCUUCUCGUGCUUCCAGGCUCUCUGACUUGCCCUGCACCUGUGUUUCCUGCCUUUUGGGCUCAUAUGACAACACUGGGCCCGCUUGCAUAAUCCAGGAUAAUCUCCACAUUUUAAGGUCUGCUGACUAAUAACAUUACAGUUAUACCUGCAAGGCCUCUUUGGCCGUCAAACAAAACCACAGGCUGACAGCAGAAGGUGAAGGUCAUGGGAGACAGCAGAUCAUCUGCAGCUCCUCCUGGUACUUCCUUGGUGUCUUCUUGGCUUCCGUCUCCCAGGUAUCUGGGAGGGUCAGGGUCUGUGGUUUAGAACCACAGGGAUGUUCCUUAUGGGUCCGAAAUCCCUCUCGUGGAAUCCUGCAUUGUCAGCUUCUGGGACUAUGGCACGAAUCUUUCUUGGGAAAAAGAGAGAAAGCAUCUUGAGUCCCAAGACCAUGCGUGAGCCCCUUUUGGCCUGGCCACAUGAUCUCUUAUCCAUUUCUCUGUCCCCCAGGGGGCCGCACGGAGCAUGGCCCAUGGGAGGCACUCCAGACAUGCUUAUUUGAAGAAAUGAAUGGAUAAAUGAAUCCAUGCAUCCUGGGCAUCUUCCAGUAGGAAUUUUUGAACUGCUAUUUAUAGUCACCAUUUUCUACCAGCUGUUUCCACAAUCCCCCCAGUGCUGGAAGGCAUCCUCCGAUUGUCCAGGCUCUCUGUGAGCAAUCCUAAUCAUAAAUAGCUUCUGAGAGAGCUGGAUGGAACGUUUGCCUAAAAAAUGCCUUUCCUAAUCGUCAAGGCCAACAUAGGCAUCUGUUUCUCCUUCCCACCAGUGCUCAUGCUUCCCCUUCUUACACUAAUGGCUUCAAAUGACUCUGCUAUAGGAUUGAAUUUAUCUACUUCGGUCUGUGAUGGAGUCUAAGGAUCUACGAGAUUUUAUUUUAUCUUGUUCAUUUAUCAGCCAUUUGUCAAAUCUCUUAACCAUACUUUUAAUUCGCCAUUGACUUCUAGGAUGAGAUUUACCUAGCUUGAAGUUGAUUCCAGUACAAUCAAUGCCUACACACAAUCACACACACACACACACACACACACACACACACACACACACACACACACACACUCACUCACUCAUUCACUCUCUUACACUCACAGUUUCUUAGUCCAAAGGCGGGCAAAUUAGCUAUAGUUUCAAAGAGCAGCUCACAGGAGGUAACAUGGCCCAGCAAUGCACUGCGUGGUUUUAAUAGUAGCUUUAUUUUCUUUCUUUCUUUCUGUUUUUAAAAAUGUCAUUCUGUGCACCUGAAAUUCAAAACAACAGUAAUGGUAAGCCACUCACUCCUUCAGUACCUGAAUCUACUCGAAAAGACGGAGAGUUUUGUCCAGCUCCCUUGGUAGAUGAGAGCAUUACGGUCCCGUAAAAGACAUUGCCUUUGCCACACAUGCUUUACUGGGUGAAUUACCCCUGAUGAAUUACGACGAGGUUCCUACCUUGUUCUCUUAGGAGUGUGGUUGGGGUGACUUUCCAGAGACCUGCACUCUCUUCCAGGCCACAUCCCGUGUUUCCGUCGGAAACACAGCCAUGCACGUUACAUUCCCAACCCAGGCUGGACAGCUGGGGCAAAUUUAAGGAAGAAAAAUAAGCACUGGACAAUGCUGGUCUUUGGAACUCUUCACCCUGAGCUACAGUAUGAGGAGAAGUGAAACGUACCCAGAGACCUGCCUUCGCUCACCACUGGUCGCUGGUCCGUGUAAUCACUGGGUCGUUGGCAGUGGUCUGGUCGGCGCGCUUACCGUGUUACAUAACAUCAUGUGCUUUUUGGACAGUGGGUUGUUUUGAAGCUUGUGUCUAAUGUGUUAUAUCAAACAUGAAUUGAAGCAAUGGAGGCCCAUUUUCGUGAAUCCACGUCUAACGAAGGCCCACAGCGCUGGUCCUUCCCAGCGUAAAGCUGACACACGACAAUGCACCUGGUGCUCACCUGUCCCAGUCUGGAAAGUUGCUGAUGGAAAGAGAAAAGAGAAGCCUGGCAGAGUCAGCUCGCUCCCCAUCACCGUCACCCCGCGUGUCGCCGGGUGCAGAUGGGAGCUUGCAAAAGGUGCUUCUCUUAGCAGGGAGGCCUCGCCGUGUUUCAGGUGUGUGUGUGCUGAUGGGAUGCUGGCUUGAAGUCGCGAUGCUUACAGAAGUGCAGUGGGUGCUGGCGGGGGUUCAAGCAGUGAAAUGUAAGCUCGGCCUGUAAUAAAAGCUCCUGGGAAUGCAGAGGAUGCCUCGGCAUUAAGCAUUCUCCUCGUGUUUCACAUAAAUGCAUCCUGUUCUCGGGAGCGGAUGAGCCGGGCGUUCGCACCGCCUCAUUCAAAUUGAAUGUUGGUAAAAGGAGAGUCCUGAGCAAACAGAACAGUCUGGCAUCACUGAAGGCAGGAGCAAGGUUAAGCUGUCGGCCGUGUUCUCUAUUGUUUAUCGGUGUUUAUUUGCUGACCCCCGCAUACCCAAGGCACGUUGCGAGCAGGCACCACCGGGACUCCUGAUGCCUGCUGGGCUCAGGCAUCCGUACGGUUUUGCCCAGGCUCUUCCGGCCCAUAAAGUUCAAGGCUUCCUACGUGGCUUCACCUGUUGUCCCCGAGCCUGGCAUGGAUCAUGUUUUGCUGGAAGAGAAAGCUCCUCUGGAGAGGCAGUUUGUGUUGCAUUUUGCUUUGGUUCUUCUUUAUCAAGGCAGCAGCUUUAGCGCUGUCACAGCAAGGGUGAGGAGAGCGAGCUGGUAGAGAGCUUUUGGCAACAUGCUUUUUCCAUUAGUUUCACCAGGAGCGGAGCAGCACCAGCAGCGGCGCUCGCUUGCUCCCUGGUCAUGUGCUGUGAGGAAUAAAGCCCCUGUAGGGCAGUGAACCUGAACUUGGCCCAUUCAUCCAUACUGCUUAGAGUGAUUGCACGGAGUGGAGUCGAAUGCUGCUUGGGGGUGAAGAGCACGCAUCAUCUUGCAUUCUUGCGGGAUGGAGUAGGAAGGAUCCUUAACAGAAUCCCGUAAUUUAAAGCCACAGGACGAAGUCUUCAGGCUGGCCGCCUCCCUCCGGGACCUGGGGCUUGAACCAGGUGCCGCCCUAUGGCUGGGAGAUGAUGGCCAACCGGGAUGGCCGAGACUGCUUCAUCAGUCACAUGACACAGGCGAUCCCAUUUGAUGACCCUCGUCUGGAGAGCUGCCAAAUCAUCCCUCCAGCUCCACGGAGGGUGGAGAUGAGGAGGGACCCUGUACUGGGAUUUGGUUUUGUGGCAGGGAGUGAAAAGCCAGUGGUCGUUCGCUCGGUAACCCCAGGAGGCCCCUCCGAGGGCAAGCUGAUCCCAGGAGAUCAGAUUGUGAUGAUUAAUGAUGAGCCAGUCAGCGCCGCACCGAGGGAGCGGGUCAUCGACCUGGUCAGAAGCUGCAAAGAAUCGAUACUCCUCACGGUCAUCCAGCCUUACCCUUCUCCCAAGUCGGCAUUCAUCAGUGCUGCGAAAAAGGCAAGGUUAAAGUCCAAUCCAGUCAAAGUGCGAUUCUCUGAGGAGGUCAUCAUCAAUGGCCAAGUGUCGGAAACGGUUAAGGACAAUUCACUUCUUUUUAUGCCAAAUGUCCUGAAGGUCUACCUGGAAAAUGGACAGACCAAAUCAUUUCGCUUUGACUGCAGCACCUCCAUAAAGGACGUCAUCUUAACCCUUCAAGAGAAGCUCUCCAUAAAAGGCAUCGAACACUUCUCCCUCAUGCUGGAGCAGAGGACGGAAGGGGCCGGAACCAAGCUGCUCUUGCUUCAUGAACAGGAGACCCUAACUCAGGUGACACAGCGGCCCAGCUCCCACAAGAUGAGAUGUCUCUUCCGCAUUAGCUUCGUCCCAAAGGAUCCGAUUGACCUUUUAAGGAGAGAUCCGGUUGCUUUCGAGUAUCUGUAUGUUCAGAGCUGUAACGAUGUCGUUCAGGAGCGGUUUGGGCCGGAGCUGAAGUAUGACAUAGCCCUGCGGCUGGCGGCCUUGCAAAUGUACAUCGCAACCGUGACCACCAAGCAAACACAGAAAAUCUCCCUCAAGUACAUCGAAAAAGAAUGGGGAUUAGAGACUUUUCUUCCCUCUGCUGUGCUGCAAAGCAUGAAAGAGAAGAACAUAAAGAAAGCACUUUCACACCUUGUCAAAGCAAAUCAAAACUUGGUACCACCCGGUAAAAAGCUCUCUGCACUGCAAGCCAAGGUCCAUUAUCUCAAGUUCCUCAGUGACCUUCGACUGUAUGGGGGUCGUGUGUUCAAGGCAACGUUGGUGCAGGCGGAAAAGCGCUCAGAAGUGACCCUCCUGGUUGGGCCCCGAUACGGCAUCAGCCACGUCAUCAACACCAAGACCAACCUGGUGGCUCUUUUAGCUGACUUCAGCCACGUCAACAGGAUCGAGAUGUUCACGGAAGAGGAGAGCUUGGUGAGGGUGGAGCUCCACGUGUUGGACGUGAAGCCCAUCACGCUCCUGAUGGAAUCUUCCGAUGCCAUGAACCUGGCCUGCUUAACGGCUGGAUACUACAGGCUGCUCGUGGAUUCCAGAAGGUCCAUAUUUAACAUGGCCAACAAGAAAAGCACAGGGGCCCAGGAGACAGGAACUGACAAUAAAGGAAAGCAUAACCUCCUUGGCCCCGAUUGGAACUGUAUACCCCAAAUGACCACCUUCAUUGGCGAAGGGGAGCAAGAAGCCCAGAUAACGUAUAUAGAUGCAAAACAGAAGACGGUCGAGAUCGCAGAUGGCACCUUGUGUCCAAAAGACCACCACCGGCACCUGUACAUAGAUAACACCUAUAACUCGGACGAGGUCACCCAGCCACUGAGCCAGCCAGGAGAUGCUCCGUGCGAGGCAGACUACCGAAGUCUAGCUCAGCGGUCCCUGCUGACCCUCUCAGGACCAGAAACUCUAAAGAAAGCACAGGAGUCUCCGCGAGGAGCUAAAGUGUCCUUUAUUUUUGGUGAUCUCGCCCUGGAUGAUGGGCUUGCUCCCCCGACUCUCGGCUACGACAGAGUAUUGGACGAGAGCCCUGAGCUGCUAGAGAAGCAGAGGAGCGUCUACAUCAGCGGUGCCAGUGACAUCAAGAGCCUGGCUCUCACUCCAGACGCAGAGAGCCUUCAGUUUGUGGCCAAUUCCGUGUAUGCAAACAUAGGCGAUGUGAAGAACUUCGAGGCAGCCGAGGGCGUGGAGGAGCCCCUCUUGCACGACAUCUGCUACGCAGAGAACACCGACGACGCCGAGGAUGAGGAUGAGGUGAGCUGCGAGGAGGACCUCGUGGUGGGAGAGAUGAACCAGCCAGCCAUCCUCAACCUGUCUGGGUCAAGUGAUGACAUCAUCGACCUCACGUCCCUGCCCCCUCCGGAAGGGGAUGACAACGAGGAUGACUUCCUGCUGCGGUCCUUGAACAUGGCCAUCGCUGCACCACCCCCGGGCUUCAGAGAUAGUUCCGACGAAGAGGACUCUCAGAGCCAGGCCACUUCCUUCCUCGAGGACAAGGAGCCAGGCAGCACUCUGCAAAGCGACGAGAUCCCCGUGUCCCUCAUUGACGCUGUGCCCACCAGCGCCGAGGGGAAGUGUGAGAAGGGCCUGGAGGACAGCGUCGUUUCCACGCUGGAUGCGCUCGAGGCUCUGUCCGUGUCCGAAGAACAGCAGACCAGUGACAAUUCAGGUGUAGCCAUCCUGCGGGCUUAUAGUCCCGAGUCCUCGUCAGACUCGGGCAAUGAGACUAACUCUUCUGAAAUGACUGAGAGUUCCGAACUGGCCACAGCACAGAAGCAGUCAGAAAACCUCUCCCGCAUGUUCUUGGCCACUCACGAAGGCUACCACCCCCUCGCAGAAGAGCAGACAGAAUUCCCCACUUCCAAAACCCCAGCCGGAGGCUUGCCCCCAAAGGCCUCCCACGCUCUGGCCGCCCGUCCCGUGACUGACCUUCCACCCAAAGUUGUGCCUUCCAAGCAGAUACUUCACUCGGACCACAUGGAGAUGGAGCCUGAAACCAUGGAGACCAAGUCCGUCACUGACUAUUUUGGCAAGCUGCACAUCGGCUCAAUGGCAUACUCCUGCACCAGCAAAAGGAAAAGCCAGCCGGCUGACGGGGAGGGGAAAGCAGCCCUUAAUGGGAGCAUGCCGGGGAAAAAACAGCAGGGGACCAAAGCACCCGAGGCGGAGGAGGGCCCCAAAGGUCAGUUCGGUCCUGUGUCUUCAAGGGACAGUCAACACCUCAGCACUUUUAACCUGGAGAGAACUGCCUUCCGCAAGGACAGCCAAAGAUGGUACGUGGCCACCGAGGCUGAAAAAAGUGGCUUGGAAGCAGCCACAGGGAUAACCUUUCCAAGAGCUUCGGGUGUGGGGACAAGGGAGGCCGAAGGGAAGGACGACGGGACUCCCGAUGGAGAAGCCAUUGAGGUUUCAGGACUUGGCCAACGGGACCACUUCUUAACUGAUGUGACCUGCGUGUCUUCCGCUGAAGACUUAGACAACCCGGAGGAUGCUGACCCGGCGGCCUGUGACCAUCCUUCCAAGCUCCCCGAAGCAGAAGAAGGCGUUGGGCGCCUCUGUGACUACCACUUGGCCAAGCGGAUGUCGUCCUUGCAAAGCGAGGGCCACUUUUCCCUGCAGAGCUCUCAGGGCUCUUCAGUGGAUGCGGGCUGUGGCACGGGCAGCAGCAGCAGCACCUGUGCCACACCCAUGGAGUCCCCACUCUGCCCCUCCAUGGGGAAGCACCGGAUUCCUGAGACUUCGGGGAAAGGCGUGAGUUACAUUCCUCCAGAGGAGAGAGCCGCAGGGCUUCCCGGCCACGGAGCCACCUUUAAGGAGUUACACCCCCAGACGGAAGGGAUGUGUCCGCGGAUGACAGUGCCUGCUCUGCACACAGCCAUUAAUGCCGAACCUCUGUUUGGCACUUUGAGAGACGGAUGUCAUCGACUCCCCAAGAUUAAGGAAACCACAGCUUUGACAGAGCCUGGGAAGGAGAGACGAGGAGGCAUGCCUUCAGCUUGGUCUCAACAUCCUGAAGCUGAUCCCACCCUGCUACCAUCAAACAUUCACUCGGAAUCAAAGGUGCCAAUUCCAAAUCAAGACCCUAAUGAUUUCUCCCAAGAAAACCAGGCCUACAGAGAGGCUGUGAGCUGGCGGCCACUGGAUCUGAGAGGGGGGAGCCUCAGGACACCCCCCAGCCAGAGGGCUCUGAGACGGAGCAGCAGUAUCCUCUCGGGAUCUGUAAGUUUGGAGACCUUCCGAGAGAGAAGCAAGGGUGCAGUCAGCUUAAACUGUCCAGGUAUCAGAGAAGCACAGGAGGCCAGUUCAGAAAGGCGAGCAGAACUCCCCCUGGGGAAGAAGCUCACCAAAAGUUGUUCCCAAAGCUCCAUGCACUUUAGCUCUGAGGGGAAGGUUCAGAAAAGGUCCCCGGUGGCUCACAAAGACUCAAAGCUGUAUAGGACAUUGCCCUUGCGGAAGCUGGAAGGCAGCAAUUGGAGAUGCCGGGGACCCUUCAGCUACUGCUUCCUGAACCGAGGGCAGGAUGAAGAUGGUGAGGAGGAUGAAGAGGAGGGAGAGGCCACCCGCCAAGUCUCUUGCCUCUUUCGACCACAGAUGACUCAAGCCAUGCCAGAACCAAGCAGCCCACCCCUGGCUGUUGGGAUUCGGAAGCAAGGAGGGGAGCUGUCCAGAGGUUCAGUGCUGAAGGUCUGGGCAGAAGACUUGAGUGGCCCAGAUGAUGUGGACUUGAGCAACCUGGCUUUUGAUGCCCAGAUUGCAAGAAUAAAUGCCCUAAAGGAGAGCAUGUAUGCAAUGCCCGAUGGGUUCCUCGCAGCCCAAAAUGAUGCCAAUGAGCUGCUCUGCCUUGUCAGGGCAACCAAGGGGAAGAAAGAAGAGUCACGCCCUGAAGCCUAUGACCUAACACUUUCUCAGUACAAGCAACUGUUAUCCAUUGAGUCCAGACAGUUGGGAAGUGCCUGUAGGAAAAUGGCAAUGGCUGAAAAAAGCCCAGAGGAGAUGCUCCUAGCCAUGACUUCCAGUUUUCAAGUGCUCUGUUGCCUAACAGAAGCCUGCAUGCGAUUAGUUAAAGUCGUGAACUCAGAAACGCAGCGGCAGGAAAUUGUAGCGAAGAUUGAUGAAGUGGUCAUAAACUACAUCUGUCUCCUGAAAGCUGCUGAGGCAGCCACUGGAAAGACCGCUGGGGAUCCCAGUGUUGGACUCUCGAUGCGACAUUCAACCACCAUGGCCGCUCUCGUAAGCACACUAACACGUUCUCUCAAGAUGCUUUUAAAUAAAUAAAAGUAUGAAAGUCAUGUCAUAAUCUACCUUUGCAAAGCCAUACAUGAACUUUUAUUUACUUUAUGUGUACGAUGAACAGAUGUCUCCUUUCUUCUCUCUGUAUAUUUUGUUAUUUUAUAUGAAAUAGGAGAUGAAAGUCGCAUUGAUGAAAAGUUGAAAUGUACUAAUCCAGUUGUAUUCUGUUUAUAUUAUACAUAUAUAUACAUGUAAAAGGAAUAUACAAGAAAGUGGUGACCUUUGGCUAUUUUUCAUAUAGUCAAAACUCCAGGUAUAUGAUAUGAGAUUUUAAAUUCUGCUGUGUUGGAGCAAAACAAUGAAUCCUAUCCCCUUUCCUUCCAAGCGGAUACUUGGAGACCAUAUCAUUCAUAUUUAGAAGUAAAGACAAAAACGAAAAGAAAAAUCACAAUGUAUAUAAAACAAUACUUAUGUUUUAAAAUUAUGAUUUUUAAGCAUUGGAAAUAGCAAAAAUACAUUUAAAAUUCAAAAAGCUAUUAUGAAUUAUUAGAGAAUAUAUAUAAUAAAUUAAUUUUUUGCUCAUAGUGUUUGGUUAUCUGAUGCUUUUUUCCAAGAAUCCUACAUAUUUAAUUUUGGCUUAUGCCAUUUGGGCUAGAAAUGGGGUGGGAGUGGAUUCUAUUGUGUCAACACAAAUGCUGUUCAUGAUGUUUCUAGAAUUAAAAAUAUUUCCCAAAUGGAAGAACAGAGGGAAUGAUGGGCAGGUUCCUGGGUAGUAUCUAGUUGUAGACAAUCUAAUUGCAUAAAAUGAAAGGAAUUAAUAAUACCAAAAUGAGAUUGGUUGAUGAAAAGAGAGAUCUGCUUUAACUCAAUGUCAAAAUAUAUAAACCAAAGACACCAUCUCCCUGCCCUUCAGUUCAGCCAUGAAACGUAGAAUUCCCUGAAGAGUGACAGAACAUUUAGUAAAGUAUUUGCAGAAGUACAAAAAGGAACAGUUAAUGAUCCUUGCAAGUAAAUGCAGGUCCAGUAACGUAAAGCCAACCGCACACCAGGCUAUGAGUCACAUCGACGAUCACAGCUCUCAGCAUAGAGCUUCGUGCAUCACCUCUACAGGGGCCAACGCUCCCAACCAAAUUGACAAUUACAGUCUGACACUGGGACAAAACUUAAAAUCUGGAAUGUUCCAGAAAAUCAGGGAGAGAGAGCUACUCGGAUAUGGAAGCCAUACUUAAAUAAAUCAUAAAGUAUUUGUGAAGUGUUCUAAUCUGGAGUGGCUGAUAGAAACACAAAAGCUGAAGAAAAAAAAAAAGUGGUAAAUUUGACCAUGUUAAGUGAACCUGAUGGAGCACAAAGAAGUGUUUAGAACCAUCGUCUCUCUCAAAAUGUAUCUUUGGGUCAAAGCGAAAGGAUGCAAAGUCUGCAACUGUAUAAUAAAGUUGAUAUGUACAUAUGUGCUUCAUGGCUCAUUUAGUGUUCAAGCUACACACACUCCGAUUUAUGUAGGUGGCUUCUUCCAAUGUGACAGGAGUGUGUCCAGUGCAGAUAUUUCCAUUUUUAUAGGCAUAAUAUGGUCCCCAAUUGCUAUCCCUCUCUCGUCAGUUGUUCCUUAGAGAUUCAGUAACAAAAGCCACACAUAUUUAUAGGUGGUAGCAAACAAAAGAAAUUUAGACGUGUGUUAUUAUAAUGUUUAAAUAAUAAAACAUUAUUUGAUUACAAAUAUUGAUGUUUGAUAGUGAGAAAUAUUAAUGGUGUUUACUGUGGAAAUUUUUGGUAAAUAUUCUGUGUACUAAAAUACAUAUUAAUAGGAUGUGUGUUCUAUGUCAGACAAUGUGCUAAACAUAUCAUAUAUAUUCUCUCAUUUAAUCAUCACAGCGUUCUUAUGGUUUGGACACUAUCGUUAAUUCCCUAUGGAGGCAGGAUAGUUUAGUAGUUAAGGACGUGGGGUUUGGGGUCCAAAACUUCUUGAUUUAAAUUUGGACUCUGCCAUUUUCUAGCCCUUUCAUCUUGGGAAAGCUAAUCAGUUUCUCAGUCUUGAUUUCCUUCUCUUAAAAUGGAAUUCAGUAGUAAGAUCUCUUUCCAUAGGAUUGUCAUGAGUUCUAAGUAAAAUUAUGUAUAUAAAGUUCUCACCACAAUACCUGGCAAAGAGCAAGCACUCAGUGUCAGAUGUUAUUAUCAUGAUAAGUAUCGCAUUAAAUAUAUUGCCCAAGAUCCUCUGUGGGGGCUGUUUGUUUUAUAUGCAUAUUGUAUCCUGACUCUGUGCAGAAUGCAUUAGCGUACUGCACAUGGAUCAAAGAAGUAUACAGGGGAGUGAUGAUCCUUGUUCAAUCACAUGUCCAAUUGGAACAUGGUCCCAGUCUAUUUCAGUUCUUCAAGAGGCCUCAGUGAAAUAGCUCUGGGUCUUUCUAACCAAUCUCCCAUUACCUUUGGGUGCUCCACUAAAUUUCUGUUUCUUAUAACCAAACUCUUUACUACUUAGAAAACCUCAAGAGCCCCCCCAGUCAUUGAGUGUGCUGCUCCUAAGUGGGGUCCAGGUGCACUAGAUUACAGAAAGAAUGUAUGAGAAUGAUACCUGUGUUUAUUUUUAUCUAGCCUUUUUUUAUGUUUGUGUAUGUUUUAUAAUGGCAUAAGAGUACAGUGGUAUAUGUACAUCAUUUUAAAUAAAUCAAUUGAUCAAUAAGCAUAUGCCUGAUGCAUGUACGCACUAAUAUUGUCGCAGGUAGAGUUGCUUUCACUAAAGUUUGGAGGCGGCUGAAGUAGAGAAUGAAACUUCUUUGUACCUGAGGUCCUUCACAUUUAGUCCCCAGCCUAUUUUCCCAGAUGUAUCACCUGUCAGUUUUAUUAAUCCUUUAUUAUAAAACUUUCAAACAUACACAAAAUUAGACAGUCAUAUAAUCAAUCAGUAUGUUCGUCACAUACCAAUUCAUGUCCAGUCUUAUUUUCUCUUUUUUUUUUUGAUGCACCUCCUUCCACACUGCAUGUAGAAGCAAAUCUUAGACAUCAUAGCAUUUAAUCUUUGAAUCUUUCAGUAGGCACUUCCUAUAGAUAAGAACUUUUAAACAUAAUCAUAAUUACAUUUUCACACUUUUAAAAAUGAAUAAUUGCCUAAUAGUAACAAGUAUUUUACAGAAAUAAGGGAUGAGGAAAGUGAACAUUUCUAGAAACCCAACCCCCAAAGACAAUCACUGUCAAUAAUUUAGGGCAUCUUCUUUCACCUUUUUCUGUAUCUAUGCUAAUGUUAUUACUGUCGGUGUUUACGCAUUUAACUUUUGACUCAGAGAGUUAAUCUGAACACUUUUGCCCUUCGACUGAGUCUCCCUUCCACCAUGUUUCAUGUAAGUGGAUUGGCUGGAGGAGUGUGAUUGACAUGGAAAGACAGCUCAAAUGAACCACCCUCACAGCAUUAGGCUUCUGGUAAAAUCCAACAAUGAAUGCCAUUGCCUUAGACAUUAAAAUGAACACAGACCCCCUACGCCCAGCUGAAAUUCGUCUCAUCACAGAGGAAAUUAGGUUUGAGACAAUAGUGAAAUGACCAACACAGCAACCUUACAAGAGAUCCAUUCCCUUUACUGUGAAUUUCAUCUUUCAUUCUGAUUCAUCUCGGGAAAGACGACCUUCCAUUUCUGUUCCUCUUUUAUCUAUUUCUAAAUGCCAGUUAUUCUCUCAAUGUUAUUUCUGAGCUACUCAGGAUGUUGCUGUAAUUUUUUCCUCCUGGAUUACUCUUAAUUUGGCAGUGGAGAGAUUUGUUCUCUUCAUCACCAUUUGUAAUUGUGGUUAACCGUUUUUGAAAUUGAAAAAAAAAAAAAAGCAAAUCAGCUAUGUUACAAUGAUUCCUUAUCGCUUCAAAACAUGUAGUAAUCUUCACAGGGAUCAAAACACAUGGCUAUUACAUGAUUCCUCCUCUAACCUGAUUUUUCUCUGCUGUGAAACAGGUUGAUUUGGGGAUGUGUACGUGUGUAUGUUUGGGUGUUGUAGAGGUUUGGAUGUAUAAAGGUGCAGGAGAGGUGUUGGAGUAGAUAAUGGGGUGUGUGUGUGUGUGUGUGUGGGUUUCUGUCUGAGACUAGUUUUCAGUUUGCCUUUAUGGAUUUCAGUGCUCGUUUCCCCUCUGGCAGUCCAUAAACUCGAUAAAACUUUAAAGUCAGAUUGGAGAAAUAGCUCCUCAGCUUUGAAAGAUCAAAGAGUUGGAAUCUUACCUUUUGAACUGAAUUUUUAUUCAUAACAACUGGAAUAUCACUAAGUUGGAUACUUUUUAUUCUUUCUAUUCCCUGCCCUAUCCCUCUCACUUUUAAAUGUCAGAGCCUGAAAAGUAUCCUUUUAAAAUUGUAUUAAAGUUUUUAAUUAAAAAAUAAAUAAAUUUCAAAGCCUAUACACAGGAAAUCCAUGGAAGAACAAUCCAUGACUUUAUCAACUCUUUCUGCUGUGCAAAAUAAUGGAAUUAGUUAAAUCCCCCAUAGCUUAAAAGAAGUAGAUAACCAAUUAUCCCAAGUCACUUAUUUCACCAUUCAACUUGAAAUUAACCUGCUGCUGUUUGCUGAACUUUCCCUCAUCUUUCCUCCAUAUUUAUAAUUGCAUCUCAAUCUUAUGUUACACAUUAAUUUCAAAGCAUUGUGUGGGUUUUUUUUUUCAUUCUUCCUGUUAAUUGUUUUCCACUAUACAUUCUAGACCAAAAUUCUUGUCCAGAAUGCCAUUCGUGAUAUAAUUAUUCACAACUUUAGGCAGAGUUCACUUUGGCAGUAGAGGCAGGUGAGAUUCGAGAAGCUGAGCCUUCUUGGUAAUCCCAAACCAAGUAAUAAUUCUCCUAUUUCCAUUGUGAGUUUGUACCCUUCGCACAUCUUGCCUCCUUUCUGUCACCCACUCAGGAUGAGUCCAUUCAUUCAUUCAAACAGCUAUUAGCAAUGUCCUGAUCUGGACAAGCACUGCCUAGUGCUUGAGGCAGGGUACGUUGAUGAAUAUGACUGACCCAGUCCCUGCCAAAGAUGGAGCACCCAUUCUAGAAUGGGUAAUCUUUUGCUCUUUCUCAAGAAAGGAGGGGCUCAGCAUGAGUCAGUGUAGGCAGUCUUCAUUUUGUAUGGUACUGCAGGACUGUACAGAGGCCCAUGCAGGCCCCAAAUGUGCAAGGUGAUCUUGAUAAUGAGAAAAACUUACAAUUGUUCCAUGACCUAUAAGGAUUUUUGCGAAGGAGUUCCCUGGUGGCUCAGUGGCUUAAGGAUCUGGCAGUAUCAGUGCAGUGACUCUGGGUUUGAUCCCUGGCCUGGGAACUUCCACAUGCCAUGGGCGUGGCCAAAAAAAUUUUUUGUCAAAAUUCUUACUAUCAGGAGUUUCCAUGGUGGCUCAGCGGUAACGAACCCAACUAGGAUCCAUGAGGACACAGGUUUGGUCCCUGGCCUCGCUCCGUGGGUUAAGGAUCCCACCUUGCCAUGAGCUGUGGUGUAGGUCACAGACGCGGCUUGGAUCCCACAUGGCUGUGACUGUGGCAUAGGCCAGCAGCUGUAGUUCUGAUUUGACCACUAGCCUGGGAACUUCCAUAUGCCAUGGGUGCGGCCCUAAAAGACAAAAAAAAAAAAAAAUUCUUACUAUUAGUUAUAAAUGAAUAGGAGUGUGAAAAUAUAGUAAAACACCUGUAAGUGAAUUCAUUUAAAACAGAAAAUUCGAGAAUUAAAAUGGCUCUUUUUGUAAAAACCUUAUAAAAAGUAGUUUGAACAGUGCUUGCGUUUUAUGCAUCAUGUAACUUACAAUAUGGAAUGAACAUCCAUUCUAGGCUCUGGCAAAUUUUCAUGCUCUUUUCUAACUACAGAUCAGCUUCCAACAUUUUAGCACUGGUACAUUCAGUGUUGUAAAGUAUCUCUAAGAUUUCUUUAAUGUGAGUGUUUUUUCCCCAGUGUAUCUUCCUCAGGGAGAGCUUCAACCAUUUCAUCACAAUUACUCCUUAUUUAUGUCGCUAAGCUCUGCCUUCACUGCAUCCCUCUGGCCUGCAUAUCCACUGUCUCCAAUGAGGCCAGUGAUUCUAUUCCCACCGUCACCUACUUCUUCUGUUAUUCCAUUUAUAUUUGCUUUUAAUUUGACUUCCAGAGUAAUCACUUCUUAUUUCUUUGCUGCACUUUCAUUUGUGUUGGCCAGCUCCCUCUUUCAAUCAUUCAUUUGUAUAAAAUGAUGUGACUUUAUCACUCCGAAUAAAGGGAGGAAAGCACAACUACACACUUGGCUGCCUGUGCCUGAACUGAAUGACAGAGGCUCAGUGACCACUCACUGGCAGACUUUGGAAGAAGUGAUAUGAUUGGUCACUGAUCACCAUGCAUAUUUUUAUUUAUACAGUGAUUUUUGGAUGAAAGAGCUAGUAGCAAAAUUUGUACUUUACGCUAUUAUUCACAGUUAACAACCAUGAUGUUGGACGACUGGUGUUUAGCUGUGUUAAUGGAAAUUCGCAUAUAUCAGAGCCGUGCAGAAUGAGGACUGCCUGUACUCAGGUGUUUAAAGAGUCUGAAGCCAGUGGUGAAAAUGGCUGAAUGAGUAGGAUUUAGCAUGGUCUAAUUGAAUUCCUGCAAUAAUGGCAAAUUUCUAAAACUUUGAUGCCAAACAUGGUAGCAAAUAAUCAUAUGUGGCUGUUGAGUACUUUGAAUAUAUGGCAAGUGAAUUUUGAACUUUAUACAAUUUGAUUAAUCUAAAUGUAAACACUCCCCAGUGGCUAGUGGCUACCAUAUUGGACAAUGAACCUCUAGGAGGCAAGCAGACCAAAAAGAGUAAAAAAUAAAUAGAAUAAUGACAGAGUGCAGUAAAUUCAAAGAAGGAAGUUGAUAGGCUGCUGAGGAUUUGUCUAGAUUUGGGGGGAAGGAACUAACUGGUCAGUUAGUACACAUGAAGCCCAUUUCACACAGACCCUGCUAAAGACAUUUAAAUGGUAUGUUUGAUGGAAACAGUAGCAUGGCCGAUAAAAGACUAUCCCUCAUUAGAUUGUGAGUUCUGACCCACAUUCUUUCCUCAGCCCCAGGUAAGCCCCAAGUAAAAAGACACCUGAGUGCCCCUGAACAGUACCAACACCCACAGAGGUCCAGACAACACUCAUUUGUUCUUAGACUCUGGAUGCCUUAGAUGAUGAUGCGUGAUUUCCACGGAUAACUGCUUCUUCCCCAAGGUCUGAAAAUUUGCUGUGAAUUUGGACUGCACAUUAGUUUGUGAUGAUAAACACACGCACUGGCCUAUGCAAACCAUUGUGUCAAAACUGACCUAAGAGCCAGACUGUGCAGUCUGUUCCCUAGAAUAUGUCCUUUCUGAAAACAUAGUCUGAUGCCACACCAGCCCUCAGCCCAGGGCUGGAACUUUCCUCUGCUUUCCCCCAUCUUUUCACCAGGUCUUGGGCCCAAUUAUGUUCUUGGCUGGGUUCCAGGCCUGAUCUCAAAUCCGCUCAGAUGUGGCCCAGUCCACUCUUAAAAUACAUACAGGGUAGAGAGGAGUAAAGGAAGGUGUGAGCUCAGAGUUUGAUGACAACCAGUUUCAUCUCCACCAAUCCAUUAUUUCCUGCCUUUGUCUUCUUCCCCCUCCUCAUCUCCCCUGAUGUUCCCCACCCCACCUUUCUGUAUUACGUUUCUGCUGCUUUGUAACCAAUGAACAUAAACUUAGUGGCUUACAGUGACACCUGCUUAUCUCGCAGUUUCUGGAGGUCAGGAAUCUUGGCACAGCCUAACUAGUCCUCUGCUUAAAAGGUUAUCGUCAAGGUUUUGGCUGGGCUGCAUUCUCAUCCUAAGGCAUGGCUGGGGGUGACUGUUUCCAAGCUCAUUCAGAUCUUUAGACUAACUCAUUUCCUUGCGGCUAUAGGACUGGCCAUUAUUCCUGCUGUUUUACUGGCUGGUGACCACAGGCUGCCCUCAGGUCAUAGAAGCUGCCCAUAGGUCCUUGCCACAGGGCCAUCUCCAAAAUGGCUACUUAUUUUAUUAAGCCUGCAAAGAGAAUCUCUGACCUCAGGGUUAAGUCAGAUCCAUCCAGGAUAAACUCUCUUUUGGUUAACUCAGAGAUAAUUGAUUGGAGGCCUUAUGUCCAUCUCCACAAUUAUUUCACUGUUGCCAUAUUCUAAUGGCUAGAAGCAUGUCCCAGGUCUCGUCCACACCCAAGGGCAGAGGGCUGUACAGGGCAUGAACAGCAGGGGGGCAGGAAUCAUGGGGCCCACCCAAGGGUCUGUCUGAAUGUCCUCUAAGGCUUUUCCUUCAGCUACAAACUCAACAGAGAACAUAUUCCUCUGAAUGGAAUAAAUAGUGUAGACACUUGAAAUACAAACUUGAAAGCCUUUCAGGGCCCACAGCUCUGAUAGAAGUCAUCAAGGGCCAUGUGGACAGUCUUUGGUCUUCUCUGCCCUGGCCCUGGCCCAUUCACUAGAUAUAUUUCUAUAUUAAUAUGCCAAGUGUCUCUGGGGCUGGAAACUCCAAUAAUUAUGAUGUACUGAUCUGUACAGGUCAGGAUUUCAUUAGUGGUUAAGUCUACAGGUAAACUUUCUGUGGCAAUAUGACUUUUUUCAUUGCACUCAUUUUCGAGUCACAUUUGCCUUUGGGGUCAGGUGAGAUCGGCUACUUCAACAGGCAGAUGAAUUAUUAAAGAUGCUGAACUUUAACCAGCACAGCCAUGCCUUUCUCAAGUAUUUAUGAGAAGGGGGGUGAAUCAGCUCUAGGUCACUUGCUCCUGUUAUUCAUCUGGAAGUGGAGCCCAUGCAUUUAAGUUCGACUGCCCACCAUGCCUAACUUGGAACUCCUGGCCAGAGUACCCUGAAAAGAUGCUGUUUCCUUCAUGUGGGUGUCAGCAGAGAGGUAUAUGGAGCAGGGCUCAUUUCUUUCCAGAUUCUGUGCCUCUUUAUACUCUCCUUUUAUUUUCCAAAGCUAUGUAAAGCUGAAUUGCUGAGUCGCACUUGACUUAAGUACCCCUUUCAUACUCCCUGGAGUUCUGAGAAACGUGUGGCAAGGCAAACACACACACACACACACACCUGUGCACAUGCCUGUGAUGUGAGUAAAUGUAGUGUCACAUCACCCAGAAAUACAUACAUGGACCAAAUUUGUCUUUGCUGCCUCCAGUCUAUCUCUGUCCCUCACUACUGCAAACUUGGUGUCCAAUCUUUUACCACUAUGAUUAUAAUGACAUUAAUAAUAAUAAUAAUACCUAACAUUUAUUCAGGCAAAUUUACCAGGUACUGUGCUAAAUGAUUUUCAUGCAUAAUGAUUGCAUCUAUUUCCUAGAACAACCUCUGAGAAAUUACUAUUAUCCCUUUUUUUUUUUUUGCUAUAUUCUUGUAGCUUAUUUUAUACCUAACAGUUUGUACCUCUUGAGGUAUCAUCCCUUUUUUAAGAAGGAAAACCGAGGUUAGAGACUUCAAAUGUAGCUUGCCCAAAAUCAUGACUGCUAGUCAGCAUCAAGAUUUGAACUCAGGAACUGCAAAUUUGUUCAUCAGUUUGGGGCCAAGUAGAUAGCUUGAUUGUUUUUAAUCAAAUAAAUAGAGCAUGUAUUUUUUAAAAUCUUCAAUUCCAUCAAAGAACGAAAAGGAUUCAUCUACCAUCCCAAACUCUCUACCUUAAGUCCCAGAGACAACGCAUUUCACCAGUUUCUGUUUUUACUUUUUCUUGUGGCUUUCUCCUUAACUCUAAAUAAUGUAAUCUGUUAACUUACCAACUUUGGACAGUUUCUACCAAUCACCUCUUGAUAUGCAAGGAAUUCACUUAUUUAUGUUACGCCCUCAUCUUUCCUUCUUCUACCCUAACCAGUGUCUUAUAGGGAUAUAAUUAGUAUGUUCUAUCCUUCAUUAGUCAUUUAAUUUUAAAUAUAUUAUAGUUACAGCUCUGCUUCUUCUUCAAUCAUUAGAUAGUCUCCGUUGACUCCUCACCCAUGUGGAAUGAAGCUACUUAUUCCCCCAGCCUAUCUUUCCACCUCGCCACUUCUUCAGUCUUUCCUCCUGUCGUUGUUAGGCCUUCGGUACCGUCACAUUUACAUCAUUUACCCAAUUAAAAGCAUGUUCUCCACAGUGUUUAGGGAUCAACCACUGCAGCCUGGAAAAACAGCAUAGUCUACUGCUUUGGCAAAAGCUAUGAUGUUAUCCAAAGCUCUUCUAGAAACAAAGAACCCUAUAUGUGAAAGGAAAGAUAGAAUUUACUGUGAAUUCAUUAUAUCUUAAUAUGGUUGUUCUCAAAGAGUGUCCCUUGAACCACCACCACCACCACCAGCAGCACCAUCCACUGGGAACUUAGAGAUGCAGAAUCCCGUGCUCCACCCAGACCUGCUGACUCACCCUCUGGAGGUGGAAUCCACCAAUCUGAUUGAACAAGCCACCAGGUGAUUAAUGCAUGCUCAAGUUUGAAAAUCACCAUGUUAAAUGAUUAACAAUAGAUAUAAUUUAAGAAGCAUGACUUUUUUGCUCUAAACCUUGUCUUGUGACUGAACCUGAAAUUAGUUAAAAUGUGUUUAAAUAUUAAAAUACAUACAGAGAGGCUAUGAUUAAUAUUUCCAAAAGAGAUGAUUACAGGCAGCAUAUGUAUUUCAGAGGGUGAUCACCGGAUUGGAUGUAUAACAUUAGGAGACAUCAAGGAAAGAAGUUUCCUAAGACAAAAGAAAGUAGGCAGAACACAAUUUGAAUUGCGUUCAACCUGUAGAAGCUCUACAGCAGCCAGAAUAUUCAUAAAUAUGCCAGAGCAAGGUAAUUUUCUGCCCUAUAUUUGCCUAACAGAAAUUCCGUGUGAUUGCUUCACGGAGUCCCUUUAACUAAAGCUGAUCCCUCCUUCUUAAAAGGGCAAGUCAAGGUUGGUAACACUUGCAUUUCUCUAGUUAAAAUGAAGUCAUAUAUGCUUUGACUUAGGUUGGAUCUGCAAUUUGCAAGCCGGUCAUCAGCCUUUGUAUUAUGACGAUUAUUGUACUCAGAUGAUUCCUCUUAUACACACUCAAUAUCAUGGUUCCAAGUCCUUUGAACGAAUGUUCAAAGCAUCAAAAUAAAAUAGACAAUCUUUCCUGAAAUGGCAUUAACUUUUCAAAAUCAUGUCAUAUUCCUUUGUAUUUACUUUCUAGGUUUAAACAUUUUUUUCCUGAAGUUUCUAUAGGUUUUCCUUUUUUCUUACUGAUAAAAUGUGCUGUUUGAAAAAUCUAACACUGUGUUAAAAAAAAAAAGAAACCCCAAAUUGUAGGAGCUUGAAGAACUAUUCGCAUCUCUCCUGGGUCUGGGAUGGGCUCAGAUGGGGGAUUCUCACGUGAAGUCUCAUGCAGUUGAAUUCAGGCAGUGACUGAAGCUGGAGUCACCUGAGACUUGACAGGGCUUUCAGAUGACUUCUUCUGUGGCUAGCAACUGGUUGGGAGCUCAACUAGAGGCUGUCAAGAAGAGUCUUACACUAGACAACUCCAUGAGUCUUGGGCUUCUCACAGCACUGCAAUCUCUCUCUCUUUUUUUUUUUUAAUUUUGAUGAUUUUAAUUUUUUUCCAUUAUAGCUGGUUUACAGUGCUCUGUCAGUUUUCUACUGUACAGCCAGGUGACCCAGUCACACAUACAUAUGUAUUUAUACAUUCUUCUUUUUUCUCACAUUAUUAUGCUCCAUCAUAAGUGACUAGAUAUAGUUCCCAGUGCUAGACAGCAGGAUCUCAUUGCUUACCCAUUCCAAAGGCAAUAGUUUGCAUCCAUUAACCCUAAAUUCCCAGUCCAUCCCACUCCCUCCCCCUCCCCCUUGGCAACCACAAGUCUGUUCUCCAAGUCCAUGACUUUCUUUUCUGUGGAAAGGUUCAUUUGUGUUGUAUAUUAGAUUCCAGAUAUAAGUGAUAUCAUAUGGUAUUUGUCUUUCUCUUUCUUACUUACUUCACUUAGUAUAAGAGUCUCUAGUUCCAUCCAUGUUGCUGCAAAUGGCAUUGUUUUGUUCUUUUUGUUAGCUGAGUAGUAUUCCAUUGUGAAUAUAUACCCCAUCUUCUUAAUCCAUUCAUCUGUCGAUGGACAUUUAGGUUGUUUCCAUAUCUUGGCUAUUGUCAAUAGACAGCACUGCAGUCUCAAAGUAGAAGAACCUUUCACUUGGUACUUGGCUUCUAAGAUGGCGCAUCGAAAGAGUGAGGGUUCCAAUAGCACCAGGCAGAAGCUUCAAUUCUUUGGACCUAGUCUGGGAAGUCACUUAGUAACUUUGCUUGGUCAACUAGGUCACCAGACCAGACCAGAGUCAAGAAGAGAAUUAGACUUUACUUUUCAGUCGGAAGGGUGCCGUAGAAUCGGCAGCCAUCUUUAAUCUGGUUCAUGUUCUUCCACCAAAGCCUUAACAUGAUCCAGCAUCUCAACUGCAUUAUCUGUUCCUUGCGAUUAACUCAUCCUGGAGACAUCCUUCCCUGCCAGCGCCGUUUGACUGCCUUUUCUAAUAUAAACCUUUUUUUUUUUUAUAUGAGUAAAUACCAUCCUAGGACUUCCCUUCCCAGCUUUCUUAGAGUGGACCUCUCCAUUUCCUAUAUCCAGUAUAUCCUAGAGGAAUUUUCCCAUAAAGAUUAUGUGGAAUGUAACCUUUUCGAAUCUUGCAUGUCUCAAAAUACCUUUACUUUGCUCUUUUGCUUAAUUGAACAUUUGGCUGCAUGUGGGAUUCCAGGUUCAAAAUGACAUUCCUUGGAUGGAUGUCAUUGCCCCAUCAUCUUUUUACAUCCAUUUGCUAAAUAUUAUUCUUGUUCCUUGAGAAGAUUCUAUCCCCCCACCCCAAUUGCCUAGAAAAUCUGUUUACUCACGGUGUGACUUUCACAAGGUUGUGUCUAGUUGUGGAAUUUUAUUUCAUUCAUUCUGCUUGGAAUAAAGUGCAUCUUUUCCUUCUGAGAGUUCGCACCUUUCUGCAAUUCUAGAUUGUUUCCUUUCUACCAUUUCUCUUUUUCCUCCCAGUUUUCCCUAUAGCCAUUAUCUAUUGUCCAGUGAACAGAGUAAACCAUUCACAGAUAUUUGUUAUCAGCUACAUUGUUUUCAUAAAAUUUGUUUUAAUAAACUAUAGAGCCCUGGUUUGACAUUUUUCUAAUUUGGUUACAGUGUGGGCAAUGGACUGCGUGGAGGUCAUGGGUGAAUAGUACGCUUCCUGCCCUGGCCAUGAUCUCAGUGUUCACAACUACCUGUGUGGGUGACUUUGCUAUAUCUCUAUACUUUGGCACGUAUUGAUUUAUAUUGUGAUUUUUGUAUGACACACCAGAAGCAUACGUUGUUAUCUACAAUGUUUUGCAGUCACUCCCUGUGUACCUGCCACCCAGAUUUGUCAGAUCCUAACGACUUACCCUAUGGCUUUGGAUCUUUGUUGUAAAGAAAUAAACAUCAGAGACAGACUUGGAAUACUCUCAGUAACCUUCCCCAGUCCCAUGCGUCUCUCUCUCUCCUCAAAUAUCAUCAAGCCUGACUUUGCUUUUGUAUCCGCCCCAUGCAAUUCUUCAUAUAUUUACCACAUAAUCACAUGUCCUUAAAAAUGUGUAAUAUUGUUUGGCAUGUUUUUAAACUUUAUGUAAAUGGUAUCAUACUGUACAUAUCCUUCCACACUCUGAUUUUGUUAUUCAACACUCGUUUUGCAAGAUCUAUGCCUUUUAAAAGAUAGAGCUUUGAUUCAUUUACCUUCAUUGCUUUACAGUCGUCUAUUGCAUAUUAGAAUUUAGAUUCUGCUGUUAAUGGACAUUUAGGUUGUUUACCAAUUUUUUGCUAUUAAAAACACUGCUGCAAUGAA